CUUGACCUUUGCUAUGAGGUUAUCCUCGCUUUUCCCUCAGCAGUAAAACGCGAAUUUAAAGGAGCUGCUGUUAAUACCUGCGCCAGUAACCAUGGAAUCUAAGUCACCGGACGAGCGAAUGUGCUGUAAAUCGUUCAAAGCGUCUCAAAGUACCGUGUUGUACUAGGUUAUACACUUUGUGCUUGUAACAACCGUGACAUUACCGACAUUAUUUUACAUUUUCCAGCCGGAUCAUCCUCCACACACGAAACACAAUGGAUCUUCCGCUCCAAUGCAACUCGCCCCUACUCCCCGAUAACGAAACCGGUCUCUGUCGACCGCCGUGCGCCUGGACUACACAGUCUCCUUUGACGCAGAAGGCGUACUUUGUUGUGAUAGUGGUUGGCUUGUGGCUGGCACUUAUUGCGACAAUUAUAACGUUCAUCACUUGGGCCAGUAUCAAAAAUCUCCGAAAGUUUCCUCAUGUUCUGCGAUUUCAUAUCAUGGUCUGUUGUGUUAUACUCGGAAACUGCAAAAUGCUUCCCAUACACAUGAGGCCUGAAAAGACUUUCUGCCGCGGUCAGCUUUUUUGGGAGCCCACUGGUCACUCUUCUUUAGCCACUGUAAUUCAAGGUGCGAUGACUCACUAUUUUGGUCUGGCUCAUUCACUCUGGGCCAUGUGUUUCAUAACAAACACUUACGCUGUGAUCGUUCGCGACAAUAGAGCCGUCUUCAAACAUCCAAUCAAAAUUCACCUCAUACAGUCUCUAUUGUGCUGGCUGGUGCCCGCAGUUAUUGUGACCUGCUGCCUCUAUAUUUCUCCACCUGGAUACAAUUUCCUCUUUAUUGAUCUAAUGGCUGCUGGUGCCGGAAGCGUACGAAUGGCAUACUUUGCUGUCACGUUACCCAUGCAAGUCUCGCUGGGUGUGUCCCUGUGCUUACUUUGGAGUAUUGUGUGGCAUCUCAGAAAGGCUCGCUUGGACUCUAGAAAGCGUGUUAUCCGUGCCAGAGAAGAAAGAAUUUCCAUGCGAAGAGUUGAGCGCCAGUUCCUGAGCAUGGCAGUAGUAAUCACGGUAGUUGUGGGCGUGGUAAUGUCAGUGAACACGGUGACGCUCUAUCGCGUGAGGGGUUUUAUUCAUGAUGCUGAAGUUUACUUCGAUUGUUUACUGGUCUCUAAGGACUGCAAACCUCCCUCCUGUAACACGGUGCUAUCUCUGAUAAACGUGGUAGCCCCUGCCUUCGCUUGCCUCGCAUUUUUCUUCCUUCUCCUGAUGAAUAAAGAUUGUCGCAACAUCUGGAAAGGCUGCUUCCGAAGAAUCACAAAGCUUUUUGAGUUUUGUAAACCACCCCCACUAAAACUCCGCGCUGAUACAGACCGCUCAAGAUGUUCCUCAACACUCACCGUGCUCUCCGUUGACCGCAGGGAUUCGGAAUUAUUCUUUCGACAGUCUUUCGCGUUACCAGGAUAUAUCCCAGGACUGGAUCCUCAGCAAACCCGGCAAAGAGCGUCCAGUUUAACUUUCCCUGUCAACAAACAAAUAAUAACUGUCUCAGAUUUAGAUAUCCAAAUUAAAGUUACUCCGCCAUCAGAUGCAGAUGCAGAAUUGCGACCUAGGUGCAAUUCUGUCCCUGUAUUUCUGCUGCAAGAUUUAGAUUCACGGAGAAGCUGUAAUAAAACUGCUACUCUUUCAUCCGUUGAAUCACUCUCUAGUGACCCUAGUGAGAUAUCGGCCGCUAACAGUGAAACACCGUUAGAAACUGGGGAGAGUUUUAUCCAGGAAAUAUAUUCUUCGAAAUUAUAAUAAACGGAACGACAAAACUCUUUUAUUCCAAAUUUCAGCCGACGAGAGGUUAAACUGCAAUAGGAGACAGAAUGUUGGGACAGACCUUUACUCUACUCAGUUUUCCUUUGUUUUGCUUUUCUUUUCUUUACUAAAGCUCGCCAUUGAAUCAGAGGAAUUCCUACUUGAAGCUCAAAUACUACCACCAGUCAUAUUGGAAAAAAUUAUCAGUGUCGGCUUGACAAAGAGUCAAAAAAAUACUAAACCGUAUACAUUUCAAAGCGGUUAUAGGUAAAAGAGCAAGAAGGGUAUCCGUUAAUUAUAUUUUCUUGAGAGCGUUUUAACUUCAUGUUUCGACUACCUCUGUCGCCAGUUGCAGCAGACCUCGAAUGAAAAGAUAGAUAAAUCGAUUUCUUCUCCCCAGAAAUCGAUUUCGCGGUGCAAUGUCUAUAAAACAUGUGCAUAGAUUAUACAGCAUUCAGUCAACUGAUUGAUGUACAUAACUGAAUGUAUAAUUUAUAAUUUUUUCAAUAUACUGUGGCAAUUUUCA